GAAUCUAGAGAGGCGGUGCACAUUUUACUUUAUAAAUACCUUAAAGUUGGGUUUUCUUGCUGCUCUACGUGUAGCUUCGCUAAUGAGGCCGCGGGGCAAGAGCUAUAAUAGAUACAGCAGGAGUUUCAGUCGCACCAGAGUGGCUAUCCACACUGUCAUAUACUAGUAUUUCCUAGAGGGAGGGGGGUAUUUGUAGUGUUGCGUUUUAUAAUUUGUUAUAUUUUUACAUAUAUAGAUAUACCAGCUAUAUACAAAAUCUAGACUUUGGAUAUAGAAAUAAUUUGCUGCUGCAUCCUUAGAAAUAUUUAACUAGUUGCCUCCAGACGCUGAAGACUGCAACAGAAAACAUGGCAGAUGAUACCCGUCAAGUUAUGACACAGUUUUGGGAGGAACAUUCUCGAGAUGCCACAGUGGAGGAGAUGAUGUUGGAUAGCAGUGCCAAGCUCUUAUCCCUUGAAGAGAAGCCAGAAAUCAUCUUAUUAUUGCCCUGCUUGGAUGGGCACUCUGUGUUGGAGUUGGGUGCUGGGAUAGGCCGCUACACAGGGCAUCUAGCUAAGCUUGCCAGCCAUGUGACUGCUGUGGACUUUAUGCAAAAUUUUAUAGAAAAGAACCAAAAGGAUAAUGGUUUCCGUGGCAACAUCACCUUCUUGCAAGCUGAUGUCACUAACCUUGACCUGCCCAAUGAAAGUUUUGACUUCAUUUUUUCUAACUGGCUCUUCAUGUACCUGACCGACGCCGAGUUGCUAGCCCUGAUACAAAAAAUGUUAGGAUGGCUCAAACCAGGCGGCUAUCUCUUCUUCAGAGAGUCCUGCUUCUUCCAAUCUGGGGACAAACAGAGAAAAUUUAACCCCACAGUGUACCGCACCCCAGCUCAAUAUAACCUCCUCCUGACAUCAGCCGCCUCAGUUUCAGGAGACUCCGGUUUUGAGAUUGUGAUGUCAAGAUCUGUGCAGACAUAUAUAAAGCUAAAGAAAAACCAGAACCAGGUGUGCUGGUUGCUCCAGAGGGUCCCGCGAGUUCCAAAUGGCCAUCAGGGCUACAGUACGUUUCAGCAGUUUCUGGAUAAUCAGCAGUACUCCCGAAGAGGAAUCCUCAGAUAUGAAAAGAUAUUUGGGGAGGGAUUUGUGAGCACGGGAGGACUGGAAACCACUAAGGAGUUCAUCUCUAUGUUGAACUUACGUCCUGGACAACGUGUCGUUGAUGUGGGUUGUGGAAUUGGUGGAGGAGACUUCUACAUGGCCAAGACUUAUGGGGUGGAAGUCCUUGGGAUGGACCUGUCGUCUAACAUGGUGGAGAUCGCCAUGGAAAGAGCCAUCAUAGAGAAGAUUCCUCUGGUACAGUUUGAAAUUGGGGAUGCAACGAAAAGGUCUUUUUCAGAGGCCUCGUUCGAUGUGGUGUACAGCAGAGACACUAUUCUCCACAUCAAUGAUAAGGAGGCCCUUUUCAGAAGAUUCUAUACCUGGUUAAAACCUGGUGGAAAACUAUUGAUAACAGACUACUGCUGUGGAGAAAGACCCUGGUCUCCAGUUUUCCAGGAAUAUGUGAAGCAGAGAGGUUAUAUUCUGUAUACACCUCAGGAAUAUGGGCAGUUCCUUGAGAAGGCUGGCUUUGUGAAUGUUCAAGCUCAGGACAGAACAGAACAGUUUGUGAACGUUCUAAAUAAAGAACUUGGUCGAACUCAGGAUAUCAAGAAGGAAUUCAUUGAGAGUUUCUCAGAAGAAGAUUAUAAUUACAUUAUUGAUGGCUGGAAAGAAAAGCAACAUCGUUGUAGUUUAGGAGACCAGCGCUGGGGCCUGUUCUAUGCAGAAAAGCCUAUGGAAAUAAUUUCAUAACUUUACUACCUCCUGUUUUGUUAUUUGUGGUCAAACCACUACCCACUACAGUUCAUGAUUUAGUUUUUUUUGUCUGUAAUACUGUGCAGUUCCAACUGAAUGUACAAAAGUAUUUUCAUUCAUUUAUUAUACUGCAGAAAUAACCUCACAAUAUAUCUUUCUCUAACUACAUCAAAAAAAUGUUUUUAGCAACAAAAAACGAAAACCACCAUUUUCAUUUUCUACUAUACAAUAUAAAGAUAUUUUGUUAACAUGGACACUAUGGUUCUAAAAAUGUUUAAAUCCAGUGCAAUAUCUAUUAAAAAAUGGAAUUUCUA